GGCGAAGUGGAUAGGUUGGCUUGCGUGUAUUUUUUUCUUAAGGUGACUGAGAGCAAAAGACGCCAUGAACGCCAUCAUCAUUUUGAUUGUUAUGGCGAGUGUCGUGGCUGUCCCGGCUCAACGAGAUCCCAGCAAGAUAUCCCCCAGGAAUGUCGAAACUACAGACACUUCAAAAUCACUUGAGAAUCUUCCACGGACGCGGAUCGUGGGCGGAGAGCUGGCGGUGCCUCACUCGUUCCCCUUCGCGGCGUUCCUGGACGUGACAGUGCCGACGGGCACCACUCAGUGCGGCGCCUCGGUCAUCGCCAGCGAGUGGAUCCUCACCGCCGCCCACUGCGUCGACAAAACGGUGAACCCGGUUGAAGUCACCGUGGGCUCGUACUUGAUUUACGAAGAGGAGGACUCAGCGGUGACGACGACGAGUUCCGAGAUCUUCGUGCACCCCCGUUGGAACAGGACGGCCAAGCAAAACGACAUCGCCCUCAUCAAACUGUCGAAAAAAUUACAGUUCAACGCUCUAAUCCAGCCCGUUAAGCUUCCGGCAAGAUCCCAGCAAGCGGAAACAUACACUGGCCUUCAAGCUACUGCCAUCGGAUGGGGAUUUACCGAAGACGGUUCGCCGAUAAUGAGCGACAAGCAGCGGUGCGUGACCGUGCCCGUGAUAUCCAACUGCAACUGCAGCGCUCAGCUCGGCGUCGCGAACAUCGCCGAGUCGCAGAUCUGCACGUCCGGAGCCGGCGGGAAGAACCCUUGCACCGGGGACAGCGGUGGCCCACUGGUCCUGAGGGGGGCCGACGGCGACUACACCCAGGUCGGCGUGGUGUCCUUCGGCAAUUACGAGUGCGCCGCCGGCUUGCCCAACGUCUACACCAGGGUCAGCGGCUUCCUGGACUGGAUAUCCAGCAUCAGCAACCUCGCCGUGCGGGGCUUCUGAACUCCUGUGUAUUCAUCAUGUGAGCAGGACCGCCCGCAGGGAGGAAUAUAUGCCGAUAGUUGCACCAACGAAAUUGUUUUUUUUU